AUGUCCAGCAAGUAUCCCGACGCCGAGAUGGGAGGAAAUUUGCAUACAUGCGAUGUGCUAGACCAACACCCGGGCCUGUUCAAAGACGAGCGGCAUACAGUGGGUGCCUUUCUAGACAAGAGCAUGGCAAAUGUUCUCAGCAAAGCGGAUGUCUACCAAGUCCAAAUGGGCGUGUGCCAGAGAAGAGUGAUGAUGCUACGAAAGACUGUUGGAAUACGGAGGAGGGUUCUGGGUCCCACCCACAGCCCGACAGUCCAACGUAUCUAUCUUCUGAGCACAUCACUGCUUAGCGCGAAACAGUCCUCAGAGGCAGAGAAGAAUCUGCGCUUUGCGCUGGAGUGGUUCAGUGAGGCUCGGCACCUGGAUGACGAAAGAACGCUGUUUUGCUUCCUAAAUCUCAAUGCGUCGCUUCAAGCCCAGGGGCAGGUACGCCUGGCAGAAAUAUGCACUUCAAGCCCUGGGAUUGCUGUCGCUGGUCUUGAAGUGUCAGGGCAAGCACCAAGAAGCCGAGAAGUAGAGGCCCUACUUCAAUACCUGAUUCAACGACCAGAGAUGGGCGUAGGUCACAAGACUUAUGCCAAAAUUAUGGGCUUGCAUGGGUUCGGGGUUUGCCAAUGGCAGCAGGUAGAGGCCUUCUCCGGCAGGCCUUCGAAAUAG